GAGUGUAACUAUGCAUUCAAUUCUCCGUAUAUGGCGAAUAAAAUCAGUUUUUAAUCGACACUUGCAUGAUGCGUAGGUCCAUUAUUAAAAAUGCCGAGGUUCAAUAAUCCUUGAACACAUCCGAAUUAGAGGGGUCUACAGCCGAACAGACGGAGAUGUGAACCUCACUACCAGCAAGAGGAAUACAGCACAUCGUUCUUGAUCCAUAUACCAAUUCAUCAUGUCACAGAUCGAUCUGAUAGCAAUCAUCUUUCCCAAGGACGGGAAAGCAGAUAGAGUUGCAGAACUCCUGCACGAAAUCUCUGCACAUAUCAAGGCAACUGAACCUGGAACAUUGAAGUAUGAGAUCAAUAAAGAAGUCAACAAAAAGACAGGUGCUGUAGAAAUCAUUAUGCUUGAGAGUUACAAAGACAAAGCUGCAAUCGCAGCCCAUGGAGCUUCGGAAGAAUUCAAAGCUUUUGGCAAGCAGUUGAAGGAUGAGGAUUUGAUUGCUAAACCCAUGCAAUUGAAGUUUUUGAAGCAUGUUGGGGGAUUCUCGUCGAGGUUGUGAACGCGAAGAGUUGCGGUAUGAGAGAAUUUGAUAAUCGGAUCUAAAUUCUACGAGGGGCAUGGAGAUAAUGCAAACAAUUCAAAAAAUUGGUUGAUGGAUUCAGUCGAUGUAUGAAUGUGAGUGUCACACGUGACAGAGCAGUAUCUCGUCCUGGAGCUUUCAAGAGAGAUUUAAACAAGAAUGUAAAGCAAGAAAGUAUAUCACUUUCAGUCCCAUCAUCUUUCUAUUUACCAUAAGCUUUCAUGCUGUAUUCUGAAUACAGUUUUGGUUUGCUAUGUUUGCCAUCGAUUCUCAGGAUAAUCGCAAGAUUGUGGAAUCUGAAAUCUUACCA